AUGACUAGGAAGAACGCAGCAUCCUCGACUGUGCAGGAAACCGGACACUUCUACAACAACGGGCCCCCAGCAUAUGACCUUGCCACUGUCCAGGGUCACCUCUCCAUCCUCAUGCAGAUCCCCCCACAGAGGGCCACCAAACGCAACCUCUCCAUGGCGGAGGUCCUCAAGGAUCCCUCACAGGAGAGCGCUGACGGACCUUUUGAAGUUUCCGCCGAAUUUCCUGGAGGGGCCCCUGAGGGGCCUCCUCGGGUUCCUACCGAUCUCGACAGGGGGGCCUUUGGAGAGCAGCUCCGUGAGUGUCCCCUUGAGGGCCCCCCCGAAUCCUGUGUACGGGCCCAUGAGGAAUCAACUGAGAACCCCACGGGAGGGCUACUCGCAAGGCAAUGGAAGGUACAGUCGGAGGAGUGUCAGGAACCGCGGGUUCCUUCGGAGGCCCCCACCUCCAGGCCUCUGUUGGCUCUUCCUUGGCGUUGUUUUAACUUUAACUUUGACGGCGACUUCUCCGUGGGGGGUCUCCCAGUGCUGCUGCCAACAGGGGGACCCUGGAGGCCCCCUGAGGAGCAGUGCAACGGUGACACUGGUUGCUCCGUCUGGGACGCGGCAGUUGUCCUGACUCAAUAUGUAGAGGAGAAGCUGGAAUCUCUAUUCAAAACCCUGAAGGUACACCCAUCAUGGGAGCAUUCAGGGGGCCCACAAGGGGAUAUUCCUGAGGAUUCCCUCCCCCUCUUCAUCGAGUUGGGGGCAGGAAAAGGCCUUGUUGGGUUGGGGGUUGCUGCUGCGCUCACAGCGUUAGUUACAAAGAAAGCCCAAGGGAGCCCAGAAAUCAUGGAGAAGGUACCAUACUCGGGAGCCUCCAGGACUCUCCCGAGACCCUCACGGUGCGGUUGCAGAGUGUUGCUUACUGACUUGGACUACUGCCUCGGGGGCCUCCGCGCGGCAGUAAAACUCAACGGACAUUUUGCCGAGCUUGUUGAUCUUUCAAAUAAUACACAGGAUAUUUCAGUGCAAAACGGGCCUUCUGGGGGGGCCUCAGCGGUGGGGGCCCGUCACGGACCCGGCGGGGGUCCCCUAGCAGGAAGCAGAGAGGGGCCCCCAGGGCAUCGGGUGCGGGUUGCAGUGGAGGCCCUUGACUGGUUCUGCCCCGACCAGUGCGUUGCCUGGGGCCCAUCAAGGGCCCCUCCGCUACAGAAUUUAUUGGUCGUAGCUGCGGAUGUGUUGUGGCUGAGGGAGCUGGUAGAGCCGUUUGUACAGACACUUGCUUUCUUGUUUUCUAACAGCAAAAGAGACAACAACGUAGUUGACAACGCUGCCCCGAGGCCAUUAAAGCACUUUCCUCCAGGGCUGCCAGAGGGGUUAGCCUCGAGACAGGGGCACCUAGCAGAGCCCCAAUAUGGGCUUCCAGGAGGGCCCGCAGGGAACCUCCCUGGGGACUCAAGCCCGCUGGAAGAGGACCAGUUGUGUUUUCCCUUCUGUCUCCUGGCACACCAAAGCCGCUCCACAGCAGUCGAUAAUCUCUUUUUUGCACUCUUAAAGAAAUAUGGACUCUAUGCGAGCGCCCUGAGGUACGGGGCCUCAAGCGGAGGCCCCAAAGGGGCCCCUCUGGGCGCCUCGGGUGGAGAAAUCCUCUCGAGGAGGGCCACCAAUUCAAUACAGGUUUACGCGAUUCAACAAAUGCCCCAGCAGGGGAGCUUCUUUAAGGCUUGA